AUUAGCAGAAGAGUGACACGCCAUUCAAUCGCAGCCUGGCUCUGUGCUUGUAGGAAGCGGAGGGAGCUUUAAGCGUUCUGGCACAGAAGCAGAAUAAUACCCUAAUACCCGACAGAAACCCAGAGAAUUUACGCCGCGUAAAGCAAAAGUUGGGCCGAAUCCUUCUGACAUGGGGAUCCGAAAAAAGACCAACAAGAACCCGCCGGUGCUGAGCCAUGAGUUUGUCAUCCAGAACCAUGCAGAUAUUGUUUCCUGUGUUGCUAUGGUGUUCCUUCUCGGGCUGAUGUUUGAGGUCACCUCCAAGUUUGCAGUGUUAUUCAUAACAGUCCAGUACAAUGUCACCAUAUCAACAAAUGAAGGCCCAGAGGAAACAGCCGUCAACCACUUCCACCAUGGUAUCAAAGACUUGGCCACGAUCUUCUUCUACAUGCUGGUGGCCAUCAUCAUGCACGCCAUUAUCCAGGAGUAUGUUCUUGAUAAAAUUAACAGGAAGAAGCACUUCUCCAAAACGAAGCACAGCAAAUUCAACGAGUCAGGCCAACUCAGCGCCUUCUACUUAUUCUCAUUUGGCUGGGGCGCAAGCAUCCUUCUGUCUGAAAAUUUCCUGUCCAAUCCGGUCUCCCUGUGGGAAGGUUAUCCUCAUACACUAAUGCCAUUCCAGAUGAAGUUCUACUACAUUUGUCAACUGGGUUAUUGGUUGCAUGCUCUUCCAGAACUGUACUUCCAGAAGACAAAGAAAGAGGAUAUUCCACGUCAACUUGUGUACAUCUUCCUGUACCUGGUCCACAUUGCCGGCGCCUACAUUCUGAACCUGAACCGUCUGGGUCUCGUCCUGCUCGUGUUGCACUACUUUAUUGAGCUUCUUUUCCACGUCUCCCGUCUGGUCUAUUUCAGCAACGAGAACAGACAAAUGGGCUUCACCAUAUGGGCCGUCUUGUUUGUCCUUGGGCGACUGCUCACCCUGUCCUUGUCCGUUCUCACCGUCGGCUUUGGCCUCGCCACAGCUGAGAAUCAAGGCUUUGAUUUGGCUGCAGGAAACUUUAAUAUUCUUUUUGUUAGGAUAACUGUCCUGGCUGCUAUCUGCCUCACUCAGGCCUUCAUGAUGUGGAAAUUUAUUAACUUUCAGCUGCGCCGGUGGAGAGAGCAUGCCCAAGCUCAGACCUUAAAAAAGAAACAGGUUUCAUCCAAGAGCAAAUCAAAGAAAGACAAAGCCAAUGGAGUAAAUGGAGUGAACUCCCACGGAGCUGAUUCACCACGAGCAAGGAAAGAGAAGUCAUCGUAAAUACAUUCCCCCCCAGUCUUUCCUACCGCCCCUCCUUUGCAAAGAACCCUCUCCCUCUGUACCCUCCCCCCCAUGUCUGAAAUCAACCAACAGAUCCUCCAGCCCUUCUACCAUGAUAUGCAUUUUCAGCUCCCACAGGACUGACCUCCCAGCUGGACUUCAUGGGCCAAAAUGCAUUUAGCUUUGCUUGCAGGCAGUCGUCCAGCCCGCCUUGAUUUAAGAAUCAUUGCUCUGCUGUGCCAUUUCAAAUGAAAAGAAAACAAAUUCAGAAAUAAACUAUAAAAAACGACCUUAUUUAAGAAGUGCCUAUUGAUACAGAUUGUUUUGUACAGGGUGUGUAAUGUUAAAAAUUCAGGAAUGAUGACUUCAGUGUUUUAAGGUUUCUCCCACGGUAGGUCACUUUGGGCUGUUUCCAAAAUACUGUGUAUUCCAGCUUUUGUUUUCCUCUUCUUUUCAUUCUGUUUUUUCUUUCUUUGUGUAUUUAUGACUGCCAGUUAAGCUCCUUUUAUUUGCCGUUAGCGUCAUUAGAUAAUGAUUUUCCUUGUCGUAUCUGUUAUUUUCCCAUCACAAUGUUUUGAUCACGUCACUGGCCACAAUGUCAGAAGAGGAGAAGCAAAGAUUGUGCCUCAGUGUACACUAAAGGAUAGCGUAGAGGUUAGGAUACUGGAAGAAUCUGAGACAAACACAAGAUGCCCCCCCCCCCAUUUUAACACUGUGUGUAGAUUCAAACUUCAGUAUUGUGUAAGACUUCCAGCAAAGACUCGGUGUACAUGCACCUGAUAUUGUGUUAUUUACUGGAGCUCAGAACAGCUUUGUAUGAAAACAGAGCAUUUUCCUUGCCAUUAAAUGAAAGUGACUUAUACUGUCAAUAAAUGGACUCGCGUUAUGUACUGGUUUUGUGUGGAAUGAGUUAACAACGAAGCUAGAGGGAAAACAAACAUCCCUUAUUAUGAGUCUGAUGGUAUUGUUUGUCUAAUGUGGUUGCACUGCGUUUCUCUGUUGAGGUUAAAAUGUAAUGCUUUUGUCUUGAUGUAAAAUCAUGGACCGAGAAUGAGAAAAGCAUAUUUUAUUUUCCCUACCACUACUGACUGGCUGUUGGGCUUAUUGUAUUUCACAUAUAUGCCUUGAUAUCAUUUUAUAAAAGCUACAGAAUGCAGUCACCUGUAUAGUAAGAAUCACAUGGAUAGCACCGGCCCUCCCAUAUGAAAAAUACAUGUAUUAUUUUAGGUAAUGAGUAUGCUGCCUAUAUAUAUAGUUUUCUUAAUUUGUCUUGAGGAAUUAUCUUGCAAAAAAAUUAAAAUAUUUUAUUGAUGAA